AUGUACCGGCGCAGCUACGUCUUCCAGGCCCGCAAGGAGCAGUACGAGCGCGCCGAGGAGGCGCCGCACCCCGCCGAGCUGGACAGCCUGGUGGAGAGCCGGGCGGCUGCGCCGAGCCUGGCGCAGCUGCAGGGGCUCGGCGAGCGCGUGGCCGCCCACGUCCAGCGGGCCCGGGCGCUCGAGCAGCGCCACGCCGUCCUGCGGAGGCAGCUGGACGCCUUCCAGCGCCUGGACGAGCUGGCCGGCCCCGAGGAUGCCCUCGCCCGCCACGUCGAGGGCAACCGCCAGCGCGCCCGGGAUUUGGCCGCCGAGCGCACCCGGUUGGAGCGCCAGGGAGCAGAGGCGCAGCGCGCCCUCUGCGAGUUCCGAAGCAAGUAUGAAAAUGAGUGUGAGUGUCAGCUGCUGCUGAAAGACAUGCUCAAACGGCUAAACAAGGAGGCAGAUGAAGCCCUGCUGAGUAACCUGCGCCUUCAGAUGGAAGCCCAGUUUCUGCAGGAUGACAUCACUGCGGCCAAGGACAGGUACAAAAAGAACCUUCUGGAGAUUCAGACCUACGUCAGCAUCCUGCAGCAGAUCAUCCAGACCACCCCGCAAGCAGCCGCCGUAACCAGUGGCACGAGGGAGGCGAAGCUCUUGACGGAAAGGGAGGUGGCCACCCUGCAGAGCCAGCUGGAGGACAGCCAAGAGGUGCUCUGCCUCCUGCAGGCCCAGAGAGCCGAGCUGCAGGCCCAGACGGCGGCCCUAGAACAGGCCAUCAGAGAUGCCCACGAGUGCUACGAUGAAGAGAUUCAGCUCUACAAUGAGCAGAUUGACACCCUGCGGAAGGAGACUGAGGAGGCUGAGAGGAGCCUGGAGAGGUCAUCCUACGACUGCCGGCAGCUGGUGGUCGCCCAGCAGACCCUGAGGAAUGAGCUGGACCGGUAUCACCGGAUCAUCGAGAACGAAGGCAACAGGCUGAGCUCUGCCUUCAUUGAAACUCCGAUUACUCUGUACACCGUGAGCCACGGAGCCUCCCUCAGCCCUCGACACGGUGUGAAAGAUCUCGCCAGGGCUGUGCAGGAUAUAACAAUAGCAAAACCAAGACAAAAAGGCCUCCCCAAGAACGUUCCAAGGAAAAAGGAGAUCAUAGCGAAAGACAAAGCAGAUGCAAGUCGGGAAGAGGCACCACUGAGAGGUCCUGAAGACGCAAAGCCAGGGCAGGUGGUACCUAAAGAAGAGGGUGAAUCUAAGCUCGAAUCAGGGGAGGGAGAAGCAAGUCCCCCGACCGUGGACGGGGCUCCGGAGGAUGUCCCAGACGGAGGGAAGAUAAGCAAAGCCUUUGAAAAACUAGGCAAGAUGGUCAGGGAGAGGGUGAAAGGCCCCAAAGAACCCGAGCCCCCCGCUGACCUGUACACCAAGGGGCGGUAUGUGCUGGUCUCCGGAGAUGCCAAUUUCGUGGACCCAGGCUUCUGUUCCUUCUCCGUCCCGGCCAAAGGGGGUGUGGUGGUUUCCAAGGGGGACGACUCUGUGCUGCCUGACAGCCACGUGGAGCCCUCUCCCCAGCAGCCGGAGCCCCNUCUGGAGGACGGACAGGGGCCUCCCCAGGGGAAAGAAGAUGGACACCCCCCUACCCCGCACACUGUAGACAAGGGGGAUGAGAUGAAUGACGAAGAACUGAAGGGCCCCCAGGGGAAACAGGAUGGCCAGAAGGAGGAGGAGGGGGCCAGGAAGCCCUGUGUCACAGUCUCUCCUGGUCCAGAGGGGCCGUCUACACCCCAGUCUCAAGGGCCUCAGGUCACUCAGGGUGGGUCCGACGGGCCUGGAGCUUGGACCAGCAGCCUCCCGGCGAGAAGCCCUCCCAGGACGCUGGCCUAUGAGAAGGUGGAGGUGAUGGAGUCUAUUGAGAAGUUUUCCACCGACAGCAUCCAGACAUACGAAGAGACUGCCGUAAUCGUGGAGACCGUGAUCGAAAACACGAAGGCAAACAAGAAGAAGCUGGAGGAGAAGUGCUCUUCCGAUGCCUAGGCUCGAGGGGAGAAAGUGCCUUUGGGCCACUGUUGGGAAGUGCUUGGAUAUUUUAGGACAAACCAUAUAAGACUGAGGGUUCUUGUUUGGAUUAGACCAUAGUUGGCCUGUCUGGCUUGCCAGUGAAGCCUUAAUUAAAACGUUUUCUUUGCUUGCA